UCUUCUUCUUCUACACCCCUGCAAACAUUUCAAAAAUCAAUUUAUCGAUACCACUAUCAUUAUCCUGUGCACCACUAAUAAUACAUAAAGGAAAUAGACCAUAAUUGUAGAGGGGUUGAACCCUUUGGAAAAUGUCACGAUUCUCUUCCCAGAAUAAUCAGAAAAGAAGCGCAGGCGCUGUGUAGAGUCGUAAUCGGAUCACUCUCACUUGCCAUCAGUAUCAAGCCAGUUUUCAAACAUCAAGGAUGCAAAAAUCAAAGUCGAUCGAUAAUAAUCUAUCCUCGAUUGACUUCGAAUACGAAAGAAACGUGAACCUGAGUAUCCAGUGGAAUCGUUGGAUACUAAAACCGAUGGGUCUUUGGCCAAAUUCAUCGAAUGUUUCACGUUUCGAUAAAUGUCUCUACUGGUUGAUUAACGCUGUUUGUUACUUCUUGAUCUUCUACCUUAUAAUACCCUGCGGUCUGUACAUGGUAUUCGACAUGGAGAAUUUGUACAAGGAGAUCAAGUUAUUUGGUCCAUUGAUCUUCUGUGUGGCUGCAUUCGUUAAGUAUCAUUGGUUGAUCAUUCGCAGCGAUAACAUUCGUGAAUGCAUGGAACAUAUCAAAUGGGACUGGAAGAACGUCGAAUAUAUCAAGGAUAAAGACAUCAUGGCGAUGAAUGCAAAUUUUGCGAAAAGAAUAGUGACUAUCUGCGCUAUUUUCAUGUUCACCGCCUGUACCUUUUACUUCCUAAUCAUACCGCUUGCUUUAAGGAGAAUCUUCAUCCAGACUGAUAACGUUACCUUCAUCCCUGUGAUGUACCCUUUCUCGAGCUACAUAGUGGACGUCCGUUAUCCUCCAAUCAACGAGAUCAUCUUUUCGAUUCAGUUUUUAGCUGGUGUACUGAUCAAUGCUAUCACAGUAGGUGCUUGCAGUUUAGCUGCGGUAUUAGCGGUCCACGCUUGCGGACAGAUGGAAGUUUUGAUGUGCUGGCUGAAACAUUUGGUAGAUGGAAGACCAGACAUAGGCAAAACGGUGGAUGAAAGAAUUGCGAAGAUCGUGAGUCAACACGUAAGGAUAUUAAAAUUUUUAACGUUAAUGGAAAGAACCCUUCGACCGAUCUCUUUUGCUGAAUUUUUAGCGUGUACUUUAAAUCUUUGCCUUGUUGGCUAUUAUAUUAUAACGGAAUGGAAUUCGAGAAAUAUAAUAAUUACUGUAGGUUACGUGAUACUGUACACAUCUCUCACAUUCAAUAUUUUUAUAUUUUGUUAUAUAGGCGAACUCGUGGCUGAGCAGUGCAGAAAAGUUGGCGAAACAUCAUACAUGAUCGAAUGGUACCGAUUAGCAGGGAAAAGGAAGCUCUUUUGCAUUUUAGUCAUGGAAAUGUCUAAUUCGUCGAUUAAACUCACAGCUGGAAGCAUGAUCGAGUUAUCCAUUAGCACUUUCACCGACGUUGUCAAGACAUCGGUCGCAUUUCUCAACGUGUUACGAAAACUGACAUGAAUGCUUCUUGAGACACAACGAAACGCAAACUUUUUACAACCACACCGAUUGAAAAUGCGACCAAUUUACUCCACGAUCUAAGGAUUUAAAAGAUUUUCUUUUAUACAGCUGCACUUUUUCAUGAAGGUUUCAUAUAUUUUAUUAAUUUUCAAUAAAUAAAAUAUAAAUGUUAAAAUAAUGUCGUGUUUAAAAGCAUCCUUACCGAUUUUAUGCUUCAAGAUUGGUUCAACUUCACGAACGACGAAGAAUGCAAAAAUUGAUUAUCCAUUAAUUUAUUCCUGCUGACAUGUGCGGGAGCAUCAACAAAUAUUCUGCAGAGAAGAAAUCAAUUUAUCGUUGUCCAUCUGUUAUUAUUCUCAUUCAAACUCAACAGUGUAAAGUCUACAACUCAUAAAUAUAG